GACAAAAUAGGAAAAACACGAAGCCCAACUUUGACGAGUUGGACUCUGCAGAAACCCUAAUAAUACAAACACAUGUAGAUACAUUGUUCUGUAGUCCAUACAGCAGCUUGCAAAUUCAUUGUACAAACUAGGGUUUGUUGGCUCAUCUACAUCGUCAAUAUGACUAAGAGAACUAAGAAAGCGGGUAUUGUCGGAAAGUAUGGUACCCGUUAUGGUGCCAGUUUACGUAAGCAGAUUAAGAAGAUGGAGGUUUCACAACACAGCAGAUAUUUCUGUGAAUUUUGUGGAAAGUAUGCAGUGAAGAGAAAGGCUGUUGGCAUUUGGGGAUGUAAAGAUUGUGGCAAGGUCAAAGCAGGCGGUGCUUAUACAUUAAACACUGCUGCUGCUGUGACAGUUAGGAGCACCAUCCGAAGGUUGAGGGAGCAAACUGAGAGUUAAGAUCCUAAUAAUCUGCAGAAGUGUUAGUGUGUGGUCAAUGGUGCUGAUUCAAACAAUUGCCUUCUCUUAUUUGUCCCCCCUCCCUGCCAACUCUUUUAAACCUAAUGUUUAUUUUUACGACAACACCUUGUGGAACUAAUGCCCAAUUUUGUGGUAGACAAUCCCUUAACUGUUUGAA